CGUGACUCAUUUCGAUUUCCUGGAUAUGACAGGAUAUCGAUCGUUUUGAAGAGCAGUUCCUCUUUUACUCGAAUAUUUGCGUUGUCAGACAAGAUUUGUGUAGAGAUUUAGUGAAAUAUUAAGGUUUUGUGCUUGGAAGAUCUCAUUCAGAAUGAGACUGCCGCUAAAUGCAGUAAUUUUCUUAACUUUGGGCCUUGGCAAGUUAUCCUUCACAUCAUCGAGUGAGAACAAGACGCAGACGCAAAAACUUACCUUUGAGAAAGUGAAAAAGAAUAUCGGUAUAUUUCUCAGUCAACCUGGUGCGAGUGAAAGGUUUGGCAAUAUGACUCUGUCAGAGUUUGCAGAGUUUCAGCAGUCAAAGGAAAACCAAGAAGAUGCAAGAAAACCUUCGUCAAGAAAAAAAAAACAGAAAAUAACUGCACAAAUACCAACAGUGAUGUCAAAAUCGACAAUGGCAACACCAACUCCAGAAACAACGACUAGAAAAUCUACGAUUACAGAACCAGCAAUCAUUACGAAACCAUCGACUAAAAAAUCAACGAAUGCUAAACAAACGACUACAAAAUCUACGACUACAGAAUCAACAACUACGAAAUCUAUGACAACAAAAUCUACAACUCCAAAAUCUACGACUACAGCAUCUACUGCUACAAUACCAGCGACCAACAAGCCAACGGCUAAACCAGAAGUAACUAAAACAACAAAGGCUUCACAAUUAACAAUAUCAGAACCGACUGCCAAACUAACAACUACAAAUCCAACGACUAAAGCCGGAACUAAAGCAAAGGCAGCAACCACGAAACCAUCGACUAAAAAAUCAACGAUUGCUGAACAAAAGACUGCAAAAGAAACGACUACUAAUCAAACGACUGCAACGGCAAAGAAUGCAGAAGCAACUGCUACAAAACCUGUGAUUACAAAUGAAACGAAUGAAACAGAACCGACCACUGUUUCAAGUAAAGGUGCAGAUAAGAGCAAUUCAACUCUGGAAAAUAGUGGAGGUAUGAAUCCAAAAGUAAUCUUUGCUUCCACAAUACUGGGGCAAUUACUUAUUACUUGGAAUACUUUUAAGAAGGUUUUCUAAAAAAAACGUCCACUCGCACCGUGACCCGCCAGUUAAAAUGACUGUGAAAUAAAGCCUCUUGGACCCCAUUUGUAUGGUCCCGAGUACCCGAGACAACCCUCCCCUCCCCCCAUCACAACCUUACGGAACGUUUAUAUGAAAUUCGACAAAGUGGCGAACGACAGGAAGAUAGUAGCUGUAAAGGCAUGGGCUCUGGUUAUAUCGUGCGCUCGCAUUUUCUGUUCAAGUUGUCUUGUCUCGUGUGGGCGAGACAAGGUGUUUGCAUAAGAAAAAGUUGCCCCACCUGCUUGGAUUAC